UUGUUCUGUCAUUGUCAUUUGUCAAUAAGUCUAAGCGAAAAUGUCUAAAAAUUCGAUGCGAUUUUAAAAAUUAGUUAAUGAUAUAUUGUAAAAUGUCUUUAUCGUUAUUAUUCACAAAUAACGAUUGAAAAUGAACUUACAAAUGUGAAGUUCAUUCCAUGCCUGUUAUUAACUACUAUGAUGUUGAUCUUAUUUGUUGUAAGUUAUUUGUCAUUGUUUUGUUGUGAAACAUACGCAUCUGAUGAAGUUAAAGGCGAUAAAAGUGUAAUAGUAGACUGCGGUACUUUACGUUUGGGACAGUAUAUUUGUCCUGACCCUAGUCUAAAUCAAAUAGACCCGGAUACUCAACAAUAUCGCGGCUGCACUAAAGGAAAGGAUAUUGCUUCAGAAGGAGAAGCAGAAGUACAAUGUAUAGCAGCAGAUGGAAUUAUUUGCAAUGAAACCAACAAUUCCACCUUAAGAAGGAAAUUACCCUGUAAAUGGACGAAUGGUUAUUCUCUAGAAAUAGCUUUAUUGCUAUCGGUAUUUCUAGGAAUGUUUGGAUUGGACAGAUUCUACCUUGGAUAUCCUGGUAUCGGCUUAGCUAAGUUGUGUACACUUGGUUUUAUGUUUCUUGGCCAGUUGCUAGACAUCAUACUUAUUGCAGCACAGGUUGUAGGACCAUCAGAUGGGUCAGCCUAUGUCAUUCCAUACUAUGGAGCUGGGGUAUCCGUUGUGAGGAGUGACAAUGAGACUUAUCUCCUGCCUCAAGCUGACUGGCACAACAUUACAUGACAAUGGGGUACCAUAUCCUUUGAAAUUGAUGAGGAUUAUGAAUGGACUUAACACAACUUUUGGAUUUCAUGGACGGAGUGAAAUGUUUCAUGAAAUUAUACAAACUGAAAUUAGUGUUUUAGAAAAUAAGCUCUCCAACAAUGUAUAUAUAAUGUUUAUUUGUAUAUAUGUAAAUAACAUAAUGAAUUCAUUAUGCCAGUUAUCGUAACCUGUAUAAAUGUAAAUAAAACUAUAAUAACAGUAUAA